UCUGUGUGCACUACUCUUAUCCUAAAGCAGAAGAUUUUGUUUGAGCUUUGGAGGUCAGGCUUGGAGUCUUUUCAGGGAGAGAGGGAGUGGCAGUCGGGGUCAAGUAAAUUGUGGACACCAUGCAAAUGGAGGUGUUGGAGAGUGCAAAACCUGUGACAGGGAGGUGGCAGAGCAGACUGCUGAAAGUAGCCCUCUUCAUGUUUGUGGCUGCAACUGUGGUUCUCAGCAUUUUACUGGCACUCGUUGGGAAGCAAGGGAUCAGUCUCCACUCUGAGGAGCGUUGUUUCACACCGGAGUGCACUGAGGCCGCUAUUCUUAUGUUCAACAAAAUCAACUGGUCAGCAGAUCCGUGUGAGAACUUCUUUGAGUUUGCUUGUGGAAGAUGGAUAAAGGAGACUCCAAUUCCUGAAGACUACUCAAGCUAUGGCACUUACUCAUUGGUUCGACAGAAUGUCAAUGUCAAGUUGAGGGAGUUGUUAGAAAACCCUAUCGAUGAAGAAAGGGACAAUGAAGUUGUGAAAAAAACGAAGGAUCUUUACCGAUCGUGCAUGAAUGAGAGUGCUAUAGAAAUGGAGGAUGCCAAGCCCUUGCUCAAGUUUCUGAAGCAGCCAUUUUUACACUGGCCAGUGCUCGAGACAAGCAAUGGGCCUGAGGGAACCUGGAAAGAGGAGGAAUUCAACCUACUGGAGACAUUGGCUCUCCUCCGAGGAAAAUUCAGUAAUAACAUCUUUGUUCGGCUCUUUGUUGCUACUGAUGACAAAAACUCCAAUGAACACAUCUUAAAGCUGGAUCAAGUAUCGGUGUUUCUGCCAUCUCAGGAAGACUACCUGACUAACAGCACUGAGGCACAAAGGUCUCGGCAUGCCCUGCUGCAGCUGAUGAUUGAUGUAGCAGUCCUCCUGGGAGCUAACACCACCACUGCUCGAAUCGACAUGGAAUCUGUGCUGGAGUUUGAGAUUAAGUUGGCAAAGAUCAUCAUUCCACACAGCAACAGGACCAGCGAGGCUCUAUAUAAUAAGCUCAGUAUACUCCACUUACAACAAACUAUCCCACAGUUUGAUUGGCUGCGGUAUGUGAGGAUGGUUAUCAAUGCUGAUCUCUACCCUGAACUUUCACACAUCAACACAUCGGAGGAGGUCGUUGUGUAUGUUCCGCAGUAUUUCAAGAAUUUGUUUCAGCUGUUAGACACUGUGGAUAAAAGAACGAUCGCCAACUACAUUGUGUGGAGAGUUGUGUACAGGAGGACAGCAAACCUCAGCCAACGCUUCCUCACCAGACGCCUUGAAUUUCUAAAGGUGCUUACAGGGGCGACUUCAUUAUCUGCACGAUGGGACAGGUGUGUGGACUUUGUGGAAUAUGUUGUACCAUAUUCCAUUGGAAGAAUGUUUGUUGAAGCACAUUUUCAGGAGGACAAGAAGCAGCUGACUGAAUAUUUGGUCGCAGGUGUUCGCUGGGCAUUUUUGGACAUGUUGGAGAAAGAAAAUGACUGGAUGGAUAUGGAAACCAAGAGCAAAGCUAAAGAAAAGGCACAUGGAGUUCUUGCCAAGAUAGGAUAUCCCAACUUCAUAAUGAACGAUACCCUCAUUACCAACUACCUCAGAAAUCUGACUGUUUUGAAGAACGACUACUUUGAAAAUGUGCUUCAGUCCCUCAAAUUCUUUGCCCAGGCGGAUUUUGCGCACUUACGGAGGCAUGUUUUGAAGACAGAGUGGUACACCAGUCCCAUCACAGUUAACGCCUUCUACUCACCAACUACUAACCAGAUCCAAUUUCCAGCGGGAGAGCUCCAAAAGCCAUUUUUUUGGGGAGAACAAUAUCCUUUGUCUAUCAGUUAUGGUGCGAUUGGAGUCAUUGUGGGGCAUGAAUUCUCACAUGCGUUCGAUGACAAUGGUAGAAAAUAUGACAAAAAUGGAAAUUUGCAUCAGUGGUGGAGCAAUGCGUCAAUUUCAAGCUUUAAUGACAAAACUGAUUGUAUGAUAAAACAGUAUGAUGAAUACUACUGGGCACCAGCUGGCUUACAGGUAAAGGGGCAGAGAACCUUGGGAGAGAACAUUGCCGACAAUGCUGGUCUUCGCCAGGCUUUCAGGGCCUACAGGAAAUGGAUAGAUGAGAAAAGAGGAAGCAAGGAGGAGGCACUGUUACCGGGGCUGGGACUGAGCAACAAUCAGCUCUUCUUUUUAAGUUAUGCUCACGUUAGAUGCAGUGCGUAUAGAUCAGCAGCAGCUAGGAAUAAAAUUUUGAAUGGAGUUCACAGUCCUCCUGAGUUCAGGGUAAUUGGGUCAAUGAGUAACUUUGAAGAAUUCAGCAAAGCUUUUAGUUGCCCCAGGACAUCAGUAAUGAAUCGAGGAGAGAAAUCUUGUCGAGUGUGGUAGGGAUUUCCCAAGGGUGCUGCUCAUAUCACUAACCUCGGAUAGACAGAACAUUGACAAAUCACUUGUUAAUAUCAGUACAUCUGUUAUUCAGCUUUUCCAGUCCCCAUUUGUAUUUCUUCCCCAGGAUCUUGCAAAACAACUGAUCUCCACGGUUUGAACUGACUCAGGUCAUUUGCAACUAAUGCUUGCAUCACAAAAGAACCAGGCAACAUCCAUCUCCAAUAAGAGAGAAUCUAACCAUCUCCUUUUGACGCUCAAUGGCAUUCCCAUUACCGAAUCCCCCACCAUCAACGGCCUGGGGGUUACCGCAAACUUAA